AUGGCACCUGAAUCCUCUACCCAGACGGACCCUGCGCCAGCAGCUUCUCCUGCUGUUCCUCCCAACGCGCAACAUGCCCCCCAGACGUACGCCCAGCAGCAACAUCAGCCUGGAUUCCAGCAAGACCCUCGCAGCUAUGGACCUCCUUACGCGCCGUACCCGCAACAGCCUGCUCAGCAGCAAUGGACGCCCCCUCGGGUCGCCGAGUCCAAGGCCUGGAUGAUCACUAAGCUCACACUCCAUGUGAUCGAUAUCGUUUGCUGUAUUGUUGGACUUGGUCUUACGGGCGCGCUCAGAAGUACUGAGACACUGGGUCUGGUCGCGCUCGGCGCUUGUCCACUUUUCGUCGUCGCAAUGAUCUGGGAUAUUGCCGAAUUGGCCACUCGCUUCGGUCGGAAAUGGAAGGCCGGCAUUCACCCUGGCGCCCAUGUCGCCAUCUCCCUUUUCAUCUGGCUAGGUGCCGCUAUCGUAGGCGGUCUCGAGAGCACAUUCAGCGCAUAUUAUAGCGAAUUCGAUUACCUUGACGAAGACUGCGAAUACAAUUCUGCGCGAGGACGUUACAUUUGCACAAGCAGCGACAAGGUUAGCAGUAAACGCACGCUUUUUAUUGCACUGUCAGUGUUUACCUGCCUCAUCUGGCUCUGGCACUUCAUCCUAUUCGUCGGCGCGUGUAUCGAUACUCAGAAACGAAACGCCGCAAUGAGACGACCUGUUACAAUGGUGUUCGGAGGACCGGCUUACUGGGGCCCCGGAGCACAAGGUUUCCAGCCAGUGCCUCAGUAUUACGGAACCCCUCAAGGGCAGAAUAUUCCCAUGCAGAACUGGGCACCACCACAAAUGGAAAUUGGCAAGGAACCUAUGGCAGCAACUCAGCCUGCAGCGGGCCGCUACGCUUGA